AUGGGACAGAAGGGAUUAAGCUGGCACAUUUCAGUGUGCAUUUUCAUGGACACCAAUGGGAAACUAAAGCAUGAGACUUUUGCCAACUUGUUCAAUUUAGUGAAACAAGACUGGUUUGCUGUGGCAUCAAUUUUAGAAAAUGUUUUGGUGAAUGUCAGGGUCAGAAUGCCAAUUAUCACUGAAGUAUUUUUAAGAUCAGAUAACGAUGGAUGUUACCACACCGGACUCCUAUGGCAGGCUAUUUAUGGGAUCAGUGAAUGGACAGAUAUUUUCAUCCGAAGAUAUGAUUAUAGUGAGGCACAUUCUGGGAAAUCGUAUUGUGACAGCAAAAUCGCGCACAUGCGACGAAAGAUGAGGAUGUAUGUUGCAUCAGGUGGAAACAUACAAAAUCCUGUAGAUAUGAGAGAUGCGAUUCAAAGUGGAAAAGGAGUAGUAGGGUGCAGAGUAGCAGUUGCUGAAAUAAAUACAGAAAAACAGCAGAUUUUUAGCCAUAAAUGGAAAGGGGUCCAAAAUAUAACGAACUUGGAGUUCAUGGCAGAGAAAGUUAUAAUUUGGAAAGCCUAUGGUAUUGGCAAUGGAAAUUCUAUUCCUAUGUCAGAGGUUAAAAAAAUGUUUUGUGAUCAAGAAGAAACAGCUUUGAUAAUAACACAUGAUUUUAAUGAUAUAAUACAAACAGGCAGUGUUACCUUACCAAAGAAAAGAGCCAACCCAGUCGAAUCAGAAGACAACGUAGAAUUAGAUCAGGAAGCCACAAGAACUGAGGAUUUAGAAAAUUUAUCUAACUCAAGUUCUUCAGUUUUUAAUUGCUCUGAAAUCGGCUGCACCAAACAAUACCAAUCCUUCUCCAAACUACAAAAUCAUAUAGAGUUUGGUCGUCAUAUUUACAAAUUGGAAAGAAAAUCAACGUAUGAUGACAUCAAAUUAAAAUGGGCAGAUGUUUGUAAAGAUGUUGAUAUCAGACUGAGAAAUUUUCCAAGAAUCAUUAAAUGA